ACAUACGUACUGCAACCAUUCGCCCAUUAUUAAAUGAGUCAUAUCCAGUUCCUGAAACGAAAGAGUGUACGAAGAUCAGAAGACCACGAAGACGAUGUGCACGUUAGAGAAGCGCGGUAACAUCUUCGUCCUAACCCUCAUCGGCGAAGAUGAGCACCGCUUAAACCCCAAACUCAUCGAGCAGAUCCUUUCGGCUCUCCGCCAAGUCCGCGUGGAAUCAACCCGCGGCACCGCACUGGUCACCAAAAGCGAGGGCAAGUUCUUCUCCAACGGCUUCGAUCUGGCAUGGGCUGCAGCCGCCGGCAACGAAUCCGCCUCCCGCAUGGUCGAUCUCUUCCAACAACUCGUUGCGGAACUGAUUUCUUUUCCAUUGCCGACCAUAGCCGCCGUGAUCGGCCACGCUGCCGCCGCCGGGUUCAUACUGGCUCUGAGCCACGACUACGUGCUGAUGAGGAGAGACAGGGGAGUGAUCUACAUGAGCGAGCUCGAUAUUGGACUCACCUUCGCUGAUUACUUCAUGGCGUUGAUGAGGUCGAAGAUCAAUUCGCCGAUCGCCCGACGAAAAGUGGCUUUGGCAGCUGCGAAGGUGAAGGCGGACGAGGCGGUGAAGAUGGGGAUGAUCGAUUCGGCGCACGAUAGCGCGGAGGAGACGGUGGAGGCUGCGGUGCGCCUGGCGGAGCAGUUGAUCGGGAGGAAUUGGGAUGGGGAGGUGUACGCCGAUAUAAGGAAGUCUUCGUUUCCGGAGUUGUGUGAGGUUUUAGGAUUGAUCGAUAAAGCCAAAGCUUCCUCGAAGCUCUGAAAUUUACUCUCAUGAGUUACUCGGAGCAGAGGUGAUCGGAUCAAGGCAAGCGGUGCCGUCAUCGUAACAGUUUUCUUUGGAAAUUUGUGAUAAAACCGUGAUAAGGACAGUCACUUUGGCUCGAUUCCUCUUCCAGUUCUUUAAUAAUGGUAAAUUGGUAAUGGAUCUGUUAGGGGUGUUUGGUUCGGUAAAUCAAAUGGUGUAUGUAUCAGAUAUUAAUGUUUAUCUUUUGAUAGAUAUUCUUCUGAAUUAUGUUUCUUUUUGAAAAA